AUGGCAGAGAGGGGGGAUCCCAAUACCCACCUGCUUCAGGAGCUCGAGGCCCUCUCUCAGACCCUCUACCAGUCUCACACAACCCGGAGGACCGCCUCCCUCGCGCUCCCCCGCACCUCAGCGGCCACGUCGGCAGGCCCCGAACCGCCGCCGGACCGCCAUGGGGGGGAGGAACUGGCACUCCGCCGCCGCGCCGAGGAACCGCCUCACAAACCUCGGGGGCGCCGCAUGUCGUUGUCGCCUUGGCGCACUCGCCCGAAGCAGCAGAAUGAGGAGGACGAUGACAAGGACGACCGACACCGGCAGCGCCACCAGUCUUCUGGCAGGACAAACACCCAGCAGGAGCCCGCCGCCGAGGCCGAGGCGGCGGCCGUGGGGGAGAAGAAGGGCGGUAUAUGGAAAUGGAAGCCGAUGAGAGCGCUGUCUCACAUUGGGAUGCAGAGGCUGGGUUGCCUCUUUUCGGUUGAGGUGAUCGCCGUCCAGGGACUGCCGGCCUCCGUGAACGGCCUGCGGCUGUCGGUGGCCGUGAGGAAGAAGGAGACCAAAGACGGCGCCGUGCAGACCAUGCCGUCCAGGGUGCUCCAGGGCUGCGCUGACUUCGAGGAGACCUUGUUCCUCCGUUGCCACAUAUACUGCAGCGGCGGAGGGAGCUCUGGGAAGCAGCUCAAAUUCGAGCCUCGCCCCUUCCUCAUAUCCACCGUCGCCGUCGACGCCCCCGAGCUCGAUUUCGGGAAGGGGACUGUGGACCUGAGCCUGCUAGUGAAGGAAUCCAUGGAAAAGAACCUCGACGGGGUGAGGGUCCGGCAGUGGGACCGGAGCUUCAAGCUUUCAGGCAAGGCCAAGGGUGGAGAGAUGAUCCUCAAGCUCGGCUUCCAGAUAAUGGAGGACGGCGGCGUUGGGAUCUACAACCAGGCCGACGGCGUUAGAUCCACCAGCGGCAGAGCCAGGGAAUCGUCUUCUCCUUUCAGCCGGCGGAUGUCCAAGUCCUCCUUUAGCGUGACCAGCCCCAGGGUGUCGACCCGGCUGGAGCCCGCCAUGCCGGCGGUGGCGGACGGGUCUUCUUCCUUGGACUACCGUGGGAUCGACGACUUCAACCUUGAUGAGCCGGCGGGGGCCUUCACCUCUGGCACGCCGUCGGUGCAGAGAUCGGAGCCGGAAGACCAGGACUUGCCGGAGUUUGAGGUGGUCGAUAAAGGAGUGGAGGAGAUCCAGGGUGCAGGAGGAAGAGCGCAGAAGAAUGAAGAAGAAGAAGAAGAAGCGCCAGCGGGCGGCGGCGAGGAAACGGACGAUGAUGAUAAGUCAGCGUCCAGCGAGGUCAUCGUGAAGGAAGUGGUGGUGCCCAACCAGGCCCAGCAGAGGCGGCUGACUGAGCUCGACUCCAUCGCGAAGCAGAUCGAGGCGCUGGAGUCGCUGAUGACCCGCGCAGGAGAAGACGAGGCCGCCGGGGGGAAGACGGCGGCGGAACUGGAGGCCCACGGCCUGGACGCGGACGAAGAGACGUUGACCAGAGAGUUCCUCCAUAUGCUCGACCUGGAGGACGGCGGGAAGAGGCACGACUCGUCUGUCGCGACGGCGACCUCGCCCCGGGGCUCCGACAACGGGGACGCCCCCGCCGUGUGCCUCGUCUCCGACCUCGGAAAGGGCCUGGGACCCGUCGUCCAGACCAAGGAGGGCGGCUACCUGGCCGCCGUGAACGCCUUUAACACGGAGGUCUCGAGGAAGGAGACGCCCAAACUGGCCAUGCAGAUCUCCAAGCCGCUGGUCCUCCGCGACCAAAAGAACUCGGCCAGCGGGUUCGAAAUCUUCCAGAGGAUGGCUGCGAUGGGGUCGGAGGAGCUUUGCUCCAAUCUGCUCUCGCUGGCUUCAAUGGACGACCUGAUGGGGAAAACCGCCGAGCAGAUUGCCUUCGAAGGUGUCGCCUCUGCGGUCAUCAGCGGUAGGAACAAGGAGGGGGCUACCUCCAGCGCCGCCAGAUCGGUCGCCGCCGUCAAGAACAUGGCCGCCUCCUUGGAGACCGGGAGGAAGGAGAGGAUCCUCACCGGCAUCUGGAACGCGGGGGAGGAACCCGUUGCCGCGGAGGAGAUCCUCGCCUUCACCCUUCAGAAGAUCGAGGCCAUGGCGCUGGAGGCCCUCAAGAUCCAGGCGGACAUGGCGGAAGAGGAAGCCCCCUUUGACAUCUUCACCCUCGCCGGCAAAGACGACCCGAACCCGCCCCUGGCCUCCGCCAUCCCCGUCGACGAUUGGGCCGCCAGUGGGAUCGCACCACCCGCCGCCGCCGGCGUGACCAUCCUGGUGAUCGUCCAGCUGAGGGACCCCCUUAGGAGGUACGAGACGGUGGGUGCUCCCAUGGUGGCCCUCGCGCAGGCCGCAGCAGCGGCGGGGGGCGGCGGGCAAGACGACGAAGUGGCGGCGACGUUCAAGGUGGAGAGCCUCCACCUGGGGGGGAUGAGGGCGAGGGGAGCGGGGAGGAGGGGCGGCGGCGGUUGGGAUGGGGAGAAGCAGCGGCUGACUGCGAUGCAGUGGCUGGUGGCCAACGGCAUGGGCCGGCCGGGGAAGAAGGGGAAGGCGGCGCCGGUGAGAGGGGGUCAGGACCUUCUCUGGAGCAUGUCCUCGCGGGUGAUGGCGGGAAUGUGGCUGAAGCCGGUGAGGAACCCUGACGUCAAGUUCCCGCGGCAGCCAUAG